UGACUUCGAGCAAACCAAAUCCAGCAGCAGCAGCAGCAGCAUGAGCGUGAGCGUGCCACCGAGCAACAACGAGACAGCGAUCCGCCGGGAGCUGCCGCUCGUCCUCCGCGUCCUCGGGAAGCGCUUCGACCCGAAGGCUCCCGUCAAGAUCGAUGGGCCGGCCGAGAAGGCCGUAGCCGACCGCCACUUUCGCAUUGGCCGCGAGCGCGCCUUCUACGGCGUCGUCGCUGGUGGCGUCGUCGGCUUUGGUGCAUGGCGCCUCAUGAAGUCGCCCCGCAACCUCUUGGGCGCCUUCAUGACAGGUGCUGGGGCUGUUGUUGGUGCAGUCUAUGGCAUUGGCUCGAUCCGCGAAGAGUUCUUCCUCGACCUCAUGUCGAUCCCCAAUGAGCAAUCCGAGUUUGCGCGCAGCUGCCGCGAAGUUCUCCAGCGUGAGAUGCCCGAUAGCGUCAUCCUCAAGGAGGUUCAUCGCCGCAUGGGUAUCCUGGGCGAAAACUCGCACGCACUCCAAAGCGCGUGGGACGAGGCGGUGCAGCCCAAGGAAGCGCCUCCGACGUCGACGCAUGCGUUGCCGCCGCUUCCGCCCAUGCCGGAAGCUGUCGGCGACGCGUCGUGGUCCUCGACGCCCUCCAAGAACGUCUUUGGUUCGAUCAUGGGCUCCAAGACGACCGGGGCACCCCAGUCAUCUGCCGCCAAGGUGCCAGCCAAGGCCUACGACCCUUGGGAUGAGGCACCACCGACGCCGACGGCCCCGCGUACCUCGUGGGAUGAGAUUCGGCGCCAAGCGAAGGAAAAGUCGCACUAACGACAGCAAUGUGCCAUGGUGUAUAUAACAAGUAUGG